AUGGCAGGUCCUAAGCCUGUGGGAAUCAUGCGCAAGCUCUCCCAAAGUGCCAAAGAGGGGGUAUCCUCUGCUCGACAGACUCUGAGGAGAAAGGCUUCAUCCUCCGCGCAUUCCCGUCGAGAUGAAAGCACAGGCCCUAUCACUAGGCGUCGCAGCGACAGCAAGAACGCCAUUGCAAAUGGAUACUCUGUCGAGUCACCGUCCUUGGAUGCUCUGCCUUUGGAUCUACCGCCGGGGUUGGGCCUGUAUGGUGAUACGAUGAGCAUUUCAAGCGAGCCCACAACAUUGAUAGACACAAGUCCCGAGGGCCAAGCUCCGUCCGUCCCUGAGCACUUGGUGGCAGGCUGCCCACUGACCAAGAUCACCAAGAAUAAAAAGCAAGAGAAAUUAUUCUUCAUGGAUGUCGAGGGUUCACGUGUCUCAUGGAAGGGCGCUGUUACCACCAAAGUCUUCCAUAUCGACAACAUCAAGAGCAUCCGAAGUGGUGAGGAAGCUGCGAGCUUCCAGUCACAGCUCCGUGGUGAGGCUGUCGACCCGGAACUAUGUUUCACCAUCAACUAUACCACAUCGGAUUCGGCCAAGCAAGUCAAGUCAUUGCACCUCGUUGCUCGUAAUCACCGGGACCUCCGACUAUGGGUCGAGACGUUGGAGAGCCUGGCGAAGCACCGAGAGGAGCUGAUGACCAGCAUGGUUGGCUCUACCGAGCGUGAAUCGGUUGUGAGAGCUCACUGGGACAACGAAAUGGCAAAGCGAACGGUUAAGAACAACACCGCCAAAGCCGACGGUCUUGACCUUCCCACCAUACAGGUGCUUUGUCGUAAACUCCACAUCCACAUUCCCGAGAGGGAGCUGGAGGAACAUUUCCAUUCAGUCGACGUCAACAAGUCAGACCUCUUGGACUACCCUCAAUUCAGAGACUUCCUGAGACGUCUUCGCGAAAGAAGCGACAUCAGGAAGAUCUUCGACGAUGUGAGAGGUAGUCAUGCCAGGGGCGUAACGAGGUCUCAAUUUAUUCACUUCCUUAAACGCUAUCAAGGCAUCGAUCUCGCUUCUCUCUCGGACCCGAGUGUCUGGGAAGAAAAGAUCAACGACUUGGUAGCCAUGUCUUUUCCAGAGGAUCCAUCUAUGCAAAGAGCUGGUCUCAUUGAUGCUAACGCUUUUGCGUCAUUCAUUGUCUCCAAGGAUUGCCAUGUCUAUUCCGUCCCCGAACCUUCUACCCCUAAAUUUGAUCGACCUUUGGGCGAAUACUUCAUUUCAAGUUCGCACAAUACAUAUCUCACCGGUUGGCAAGUGGGAGGCACUGCUUCAGCCGAAACAUAUCUCACCGCGCUGCGACACGGAUGCCGCUGCGUGGAAAUUGACUGCUGGAACGGUCAAGACGGCAACCCGAGAGUGACCCACGGUCGUACCAGGACGACUUCUGUACUCUUCUCGGACUGCGUCAAUGCCAUCCAAAGAUGCGCUUUUGAUGUCAGCCCUUACCCGGUGAUCAUUUCUCUCGAGGUUCAUUGUGAUGCCGAGCAACAAGCCAAAAUGGUGCAGAUCAUGAAUGACGUGUUUGGAGAGCGACUACUCCUUCAUCCCUUGCCUGGUUUCGACGCACAACUACCUUCGCCUGAAGACCUCAAGUACAAAAUCCUCAUCAAAGUCAAGUCUACCGAGCUUCACGCUGAUCUCACGGCCUCGCGACGUGCGGCCCCCUCGCAUCGAGAUCGGAGCGCAAGUUCUCCUAACAGGCUCGGUGCCCAACCAACAAACUGGGUUCUCCCGAAGGUACCCUGUGUCUCAAAUCCGGCAUUGGUUACACCACCAGAGACCAUCUAUUCUCCCACUGACCGAUCGGUCACGGCAACCAGCGGAAGCAGUGCGGACGAGGAGAGUGAUGUCCCACCCACCUCCCCUUCGACUGGAGAAGGUCAGCGCCGUGCCCCGAAGCUAAGCAAGGUCGGCUCCCAGUUGUCUGCUCUCGGCGUGUACAUGAAAGGUUACACGCUCCGCGAUGCCAAAGAUCUUCGUUUCCAACAAUACAACCAUAUCUUCUCGCUCAACGAAAACAGAGCUAUCGAGCUCUGUCGCUCGGCAGAGCAGAAAGCUCUCUUUGAAGACCACAAUCUUCAUUACUUAUGUCGGGUCUAUCCCAAGACUCUGAGAUUCCAGUCGUCCAACUUUGACCCCAACACCUUCUGGAGGAGGGGUGUCCAAAUGGUUGCCUUGAACUGGCAGACAUUUGAUGCUCAUAUGCAAAUGAACCAGGCAAUGUUUGCCGCUGGGACGGAUGCGUAUGGCUACGUGUUGAAGCCAGACUAUCUCCGCAAGCCUCGGACCAAACCUGGAGAUUUUGAGCAUCGGGUGAAACUGCCUCGCUAUAGGAUCAGGUUCUCGGUCCAGGUGAUUUCCGCUCAGCAGCUGCCUCGAGCGGCGAACAUGGGCAAAGAAACGCCCUUGAAUCCGUACAUUGAGGUGCAAAUGUUUAGUGCGGAGGACCGAGCUCGAGGAAUUGCGAACGGCUCCGGUGGCACUGAGACCUACUCCAACGGCUACCAUGGCAUUGGAUCACCCUACCGUCGACAAACGCAGAUUAGGUUUGGCAAUGGUUACAACCCUCAGUUUGGGGAAAACAUUGAACUUUCCCUGGAGACUAAAUACCCGGAGCUUGUCUUUGUCCGAUUCAUCGUCUUGAACUCGGACGACGGGAGGUACACGGGCAAAGGAGUCAAGCAACUGGCUGCAUUCACUGCCAAGCUCGACAGCCUGCAGAAAGGAUAUCGACACCUCCCGUUGUUUAACGGACAAGGGGAAGAGUUUAUCUUUUCCACUCUCUUCUGCAAGAUUGCCAAGCAGGAGCCCAAGCUGAUGCCCUGGUCAUUGCAAGACGUCACCGAGCGGACUCCCCGCCCCAACGUGCUUCGAGGCUUCCUUUCACGCGGACUGUCGAGCGACCGAGGGAGAGAGCGCGGGUCCAGUGUCGAAGAAGUGGACGCGGGCCGACGGUCCAACCGUGAGAUUGAGGAGAAAGUGGGCAAAAAGUGA